AUGGACGACAAGGCCCGAUCCAAGCCCAUGCGCAACAUUCUUGAUCGACUGCUGAACAACGGACCCUUUGAGGCCAUCAUCUUUGGUGACAAGUGCAUCCUUGAUGAAGAUGUCAGCACGUGGCCAGCAUGCGAUUUCUUCAUAUCAUUCUUCUCAAAGGGCUUCCCUCUUCACAAAGCUAUCGAAUAUGUUAAGCUCAGGACACCCUUUUGUGUGAAUGAAGUCGAUAUGCAGACCGUCCUCUGGGACCGACGACUGGUGCUGGAGAUUCUGGAAAAGAUCGGAGUACCUACGCCAAAGCGACUGACUAUGGAUCGGGAUGGAGGCCCUACACUGGACGACCGAGUCCGUCAAAAACUCAAGCUGCGUGGCGUUACUCUAAUGGAAAAGCGACCUGUUCCAGAGUUCAAGGUUAUUGACCAGGAUACCAUCCAGAUUGGCGAUCAAAUCCUGGUAAAGCCAUUCGUUGAGAAACCAGUCUCGGGAGAGGACCACAACAUUCACAUCUACUACCACUCAUCAGCUGGAGGUGGAGCGAGACGACUCUUCCGUAAGAUAGCCAACAAGUCGAGCGAAUACGACCCAGAUUUGUCCAUGCCUAGAACAGACGGAUCGUACAUUUAUGAAGAGUUUAUGGAUGUCGACAAUGCAGAGGAUGUCAAGGUCUACACUAUUGGCGAUCAUUUCGUGCACGCAGAAACCAGAAAAUCUCCAGUCGUGGAUGGACUUGUGCGCAGAAAUACGGAUGGAAAAGAGAUUCGCUAUGUUACGCAGCUCACGCCGGAGGAGAAAAAGAUGGCAGCCGGGAUCUGUAAAAUGUUUGGUCAGCGCGUCUGCGGAUUUGAUCUGCUUCGAGUCGGUGGCAAAUCUUACGUGAUCGAUGUCAAUGGCUGGUCUUUUGUCAAAGGCAACAACUAUUACUACAACAAUUGCGCCAGCAUUCUGCAGGAAACUUUCUUGCGUAACGCCCAUCAGCGUAAACUUUCUGAAGUCGUCUUCCCCAAGGAGCUCAGCGCCGAAAAUUCAUGGAGAUUGAAGGCCUUUGUGUCUGUAUUCCGCCAUGCAGACCGGACUCCCAAGCAAAAGAUGAAGUUCUCUUUCAGCUCCGCACCUUUCCGUGAACUUCUCAACGGUGGCGGAGAGGAGGUCAUCAUUCGGCAAGCCAGGGAUUUAAAGCUUGUCUCGGCCGCUGCCGAACAGGCCAUGAAGGAGGGUCUUGAGGACACGAACAAAUUGAUGCUGCUCAAGACCAUCCUGGACAAAAAGUCAAACCUGCCAGGAACUAAGGUCCAAGUCAAGCCAACUAUCACCAAGGACGAGGAAGGCAACUCUAAAUCGGUUAAGCUAAAGAUUAUUGUCAAAUGGGGAGGCGAGUUUACGCAUGCUGCAAAAUAUCAAUCCAGAGACCUGGGAGACAACCUUCGCAAGGACUUGCUGAUCAUGAACAAACACGUCCUGGACGAUGUGCAGAUUUUCACUUCCUCGGAGCGACGCGUUCGCGCCACAGCAGAGCUCUUCACUCAACGUUUCCUCGACAUUCGCGAGGUCCCCAAGGACAUGCUGCUGAUCCGCAAGGAGAUGCUUGACGACAGCAAUGCCGCCAAGGAAAAGACCGAUGCAGUCAAGAAGGAGCUCCACGACCUCUUGCAGCCUGACCAUGCCAAUGAGAUUCAGCAAAUAUGGCCAAAGGGCGCCGAGGCUCCGGGGCAGCUAGUUCAGGAUAUUAUCGAGUCCAUGCGAACACUCCGCGAUGUCAUGCGCAGGAAUUUCGAGCGCCUGGACGUGACCACCCUUCAAAGGACGUGGUGUUGCUACGAGAGCCCUACAUUGUUCUUUGAACGUUGGGAAAAGAUCUUUGGGGAAUUUGCGGAUGGUGAACUAAAGGACUUUGAUCCAUCUAAAGUCUCGGAGUUGUACGACUCGCUCAAAUAUGAUGCACUCCAUAACAGGGCCUUUUUGGAAAACAUUUUCGUGGACAAGGAGGCAGGCACUGGGGUGGGACCCAUCAAGGAUUUGUAUGCAAAGGCCAAGAUCAUGUUUGAUUUUGUAUCGCCGCUCGAGUAUGGAAUCAGUGAGACAGAUCGGCUGGAGAUCGGGCUAUUGACUAGCUUACCGCUACUCAAGCAGGUUGUCGAGGACCUGGAAUCUGCAAAGCGAUCCGCUACCCCAUGCACACGGCUUUACUUCACCAAGGAAUCCCACGUUCACACGCUGUUGAACAUCGUAUAUCUUUCCGGUAUACCAACCCGCAUCAGCAAAAGCGAAAUUCCAGAACUCGACUAUUUAACCCAAAUCACAUUCGAGUUGUAUGAGAGAAGCGGCCCCGGGACACCCUUGAGCUCCCCUGUCAAUCCAAGCAUCUCCACUUCGCCGCACGGUCCGCAAUCACCUCAGUCGCCCGAGUACUCACUUCGUAUCGGAUUUUCACCUGGCGCAGGCAACCCCAACAUCCUCGAUUUGCAAAUGGAUUCGAAGCAUUGUCUUUCAGUCAUGCCGCGGCGCAACCUGACCGACCACCUGCCCCUCGACGCAGCUCUGCGGUAUUACAAGACUCAAGUCCGUAACCCUAAGUAUAAGAGCGUCAACCGACGCAUCCGCGAGAGUCGCAUGCUUGGGCACAAGUUGGUGGUCGCGAACGAGGGUGAAGAGGAGGCCCUGAUCCACGACGAGGCGCCUUUGAUGGUCGUUGGGUCUCCUAUUGGUCCCAGUGGCGUAGAUUUGCAGUUUGCGAAUAGAACAGCAGGAGCAGACAAUUCGUCCAAGUGA